AAAAUUGUCACCAUGACAACAAUCAAACAUCAGAUAAACGUUUUGAUUUUUUUACGCGUAGUAAAGUGGAUAUAUUUUUGUUAAUGUAAUGGCUGGAAACUUUAGAGGGUUUGACGAGGAAGAAGACGUACUUGCACCUAAAGAACCGCAAGUCACUUCGCAGGACCCCAAUGAACGUAAAGCUGGGAGAGCCUUGCGUAUAAAACGAAGGCAAGAAGCUCUUAAAAGAGCGGAGCAAGCCGCCGAGGAGGUAAGAGCGGAGGAAGAACCUGGGCCUAUAGAGCAGGCGACUGCGACUGCGGCAGAGGAACUCCAGCGAUUAACGCUAGAUGGUGCGGCUAAAGUUACCAAUGUAAGGGUUACGACUGAUGAACGCGAAGUUCUACGACGUGAGCUGUUCUCGGAAAAGAUGAAAGAGGCAUUAGAAAAAAUCGAGGAAGAAGCAGCAGAAGCACAACUACAAUAUGACGCUAUCACCUCUAACUGGGAUGCAAUGCUAAAGAUUAAGGACCCUUUGGAUAUCGAUUUGGAAAUUAAUGAACAGAGAAAGAAAUGCGAUGCGUUGUUAGAACAGAAGAAUAAACUAAUUGAAGAUUUAAAACACGAAUUGAAACGUACAGAUGACGCUUAUUACGAUGAUUUGGAUAAACAGGAUAAAGAAAUUAAAGAGCUGUCUGAUCGAAUUGAGAAGCAAGUGACGAUAAUGCAAAGGGCUUAUGAGAAGCAGUUGUCUCUGAUAGAGCAAGCUAUAAACUUGGAGCGCGACGCGUUGGUGGAGCACAACAACAAGCGUUGGGAAGCGCUCUACAAGCAGAGGGACAAGGAGGAACUUGUACAUAUGGAGUACAAAUAUGAACAAUUAGAGGAGCAUAAGAAAGAAGUGGAAGCCAUUAUGUGGGACCACCAUACUAAAUAUCGCGAGGCAAGAAUUGAACUUGAAAACUUGAUUCAAGAAUUGCAAAAGGAACAAGAGAAAUUGAAAACCACAUGUCUUAUAAAUACGGAAAAAAUCGGAUACAAUUAUCAGGUUUUAAAAAAAAGGGAAGAAGAAAACGUAUUUGUUCGAUCUCAACAGAAACGUAAAUUAAACAAGAUGUCUGACGUCGCGAACAGUUUGCGCGCCAAAAUUCGAAAAGCGGCCGAAGAUGGCGCUAUAGAGGAGAUGAAAGCUGACGCGGAGAUCAUAAAACUGAUGCAGGCGAUGGAUGAUUUGGAGAAGAAAUGUAGACAUUUCUCCAAAGUGAAUAAUUACAAGUUUACUCAAGUGUGGCGAAUGUCGGAGUCGCAAUGUGCGCAGCUCAGCCGCGACAUUCGUAAUACGGAGGUGGCGCUGCACGCGCACAUCUUAGCGGAGCCUCCGCCACCGCCGCCUCCAAAAUUCCCUAAAAACCCUUUAACUAAAUAUGAAUAUGAAGGACCACCGAUAGUUCGUCGCGAGACAAAUGAAGGCAGUGUUAAUGCGGUUACCAAAGAAGCUAAAGAUAAAUUGAUUCAGCAUAUACUGAAAUUAGUAUCGGACAAUUCUGGGUUUUUGGUGGAGGAUCGUUUAUUAAAAUUAAUCGAAAAACAUCAACCUUCUUCUAGAAAUUUAUGUACACUGGAUUCAAUAUUUAUGGCAUUGGAGAUUCAAGCUGAAGAAGACAUCGAGCUGCUUUGCAAGACUUUUUUGAAUUAUGCGUUUUGUUCGAUUUGCGUUGGAAUGGAAUUUGGUACGAUGUCAGAUUCGUUGGAACAACUUUCCGGAGUUAGCAUACCUGUUAAGGACGAAUCACAUCCUAGUGUGUAUAAAGGUAGUCGAGUUGAUAGAUCUUCUACGAAGGUGAGGAGCAGUGUGAUAGCACGCAGUGUGUCGGCCUCCACGUCGCGGUCUAUACACGUCGGAUUCAAGAGUCAUGAGCUGUCAGCGGACGAACGUCAGCUGAUGCAAGAGGCGGACGAGAUCAUACAGAAGUGUGGACAGCAACAAGGAAGUUCAACUGCAACUGGCAUAACAUCAGAGACGGGCGCGUCUGCGCCGGGGAGGCGCGCGGGCCGUGGCGUUACCGUCUCUUCAUUCCAGACCCUCGCCAUGGACAAAGACCAUCCAUUCCUUUGCCCAGUGGGACAUUUGCUUGAAAUCGAACCCAUGCAAGUACUGACUGCCCUCAAUGAAUUCAUGUCUGUAUUUGUUCCCCCCGACAGGAAGAUAUUGAACGACAUUAUGGACAGUGUUAAACCUCCGGACUUCACAACACCGUCUCGAAGAUUGACUCCAGAUGAAAUAGAACAGUAUUGGAGUCAAUGCAAAAAUGUAUUUUCACCUGAUAAAGAUCGUUUUUGGGAGGGCUUGUUGGCUGGACUAAAUAGUUAUCUGCCAAUAUUACAAGAACGAGAACGUCUGCAUGAAGAAGUUGUGGAGCUGAGAGAUCGCAAUGCGUCGCUGCGCCGGCUGGUGCGCGGCGCUCUGCCCGAGCUGCCCGCGCCGCGCCGCCGCAGCCUGCGCCGCGUCUUCACCGCCACCAUGCCAGACUUAGCGCCUCCAUCCGUCUUCCCGCCUAUAUCAUAAAUUAUUAUUUAAAGAAACAUAUCAAAAUUAAACGAAAUUGUUAAAGUUA